GGACUUGGAACCUGUUGAAUGCAUGAUGCUAAAGAAUAAGCUAUACGUUCCGUUUAUGAUCCUGGAGGGAAACUAUAUGUUGUGGAAUAAGCACUUCUUCUCUGAUUUGCUACAUACUGGUUGGGACUGCAUUAUUUUAUCAUUCCAAUUUUAGAUUUCAAGUCUCAAUUAAACCUCACAGGACAUGAUGAUGGAUGACAGCAUGCACCAAGCCUCGACCGUCCUGUUAGAUGAUGCAGCCAGUCUAGUCAUUUCUGAUGCAACAGCUGUCACUCAAGAAAAGGAGCAGGUGUUCAAAACGUAUUUGAUGACACAUGAUCAGAUUGACAAUAUGCACCAAAUAAAAGAUCCAGAUGAGAAUCAAAACUGUGGAAGCAUUACAGAGACCAACGUAUUAUUUAAAAUGGGAAAUGACAUAUUGGGUGCAUGCUUUAAUGCUGAAUCAGCAGCGAAAAUGAGUGAUUCGUGCAUGAAGUGUCAACAUCUAAUUGAGGACCAUCAGAGAUCAAUAGACCGGGAUGCUGUCAGAAGCUUGGAUGAGUCCAAUCUGACUCACAGGCAGGGCGCUUCACGCUUUGUUGAGGACAAAAUGCAAACUGAGACUGUCCCUCUGUUGCGUAAAGUCAGCGAGGAUGUGAAAGACUGGUGUCAGAUUGAUAAAGAGAGAUCCCAGGCAGAGCAGAGGGAGGGGACCUCGGCGCCUGCCACUUAUUGUAUCACUGCAGGAACGCUGCCAACACUUGAGCCUGGACCCCCAGGCAGUGCGGGACACAAGCCUGUGCAGAGUGAGAGAGACCCACACGGCACGAAGGGAAACCCGGUAUCGCAGUUCAGACAGGAACGGUGGGGAAGUAGAAACAGCUAUGCCCACGAAUACACUUCUGUGUGCCUAGGCAAUGCAGACUUGGUCAUUGAAGUGUCGGGGAAAAAACUUCAUGCGCAUAAAAGCGUUUUGUCAGAGAAAAGUGACUAUUUCAAGGCGCGGCAAUCCAGGGAUGUACUGAAAGUGAAGGGGGUGAGUUUUAAGACUUUGACCACAUUAAUGGACUACAUUUACACAUACCAAAUGAAAGUUGGCAAGGAAAAUAUUGUAGAGGUCAUCAACGGGGCUAAAAUUUUGCAAGUCCCUUGCGCAGUCCAAGCAGCUGUCGAUACAAUGUCGGAGCAGAUCACCGCGGAGAACUGCUUCGAGAUUUUGACAAUAGCCAAGAGGCAGCGAUUAAACGAGUUGAAGGAAAAAGCCUACAAGUAUAUGAGUGACAAUUACUUGCAAGUACUGCGCAAUCCCGCAGUCUAUGGGCGUUUGACGGGAGGUGAGAGAGAAUAUAUUCUCGCCCAACGAACAGAAGGCAAGAAGGUAUUAAUGGUGGCUGAAAUCAACGAGGUGUAUGAUCGCGUCGGGAGCAGACCUCCGAGCCGUGAGAAUAGUCGUCCUCAGAGCCCGUUAUCGAUGGUAUCCCUUGAGGAGAACCACAUGAUACACUACUACGAUGAAGAGACAAAGGAGUGGAAAGUGCUGACCAAGAUGCCGGAUGAAAUCAACACAAAGGGUUCGGGGAUAUGCACCAUGUACAAUUACCUGUUCGUGGCAGGUGGGAUUAAGGGACAGGGCGACAAAGGCAAGGUAUCGGACAAGGUUUUCUGCUACAACCCUCUCAAUGAUAGCUGGAGUGAAAUCCGACCACUCGGCCAGGCGCGUUCUCAGCUCAAAUUGGUGUCCAUGGAUGGCUACCUGUUCGCUAUCGGAGGGGAAUGUCUGUUCACGGUCGAGAAAUAUGACCCACGGAUGGAUAGAUGGAGCUCCAUUGCUCCUCUCCCAAAAGGGGCGUUUGCCGUGGCACACGAGGCAACAACCUGUAACGGAGAGUUGUUCGUAUCUGGUGGAUCUCUUUUUUACCGCCUGCUGAGAUAUGAUACAAGGAGAGAAGAAUGGGAGGAGUGCCCUUUCAAUAACAGCAGAAAGAAAUCUACGGACAUGGUUGCGUACAAGAACUUCAUCUAUAGGUUCGACGUCAACCGUGACUAUGGAGUCAAUGUCUUCAAAUACAACACCGUGGUAAAGAUAUGGCACGAGAGUGCAUCCUUGGAGCAGGACAAUCCCCUGCCAUUCCGCUGCGCAGUCAUUGGCAACCGUAUUUACUGUGUGAACAAGUCCCAAACAUUGCAGUUUAUUGUUGAGGAGGAGGAUGAACUGUUUUUAACGGAGGCGCUCAAAGCACCCACAGAGCCCAAAGGUGCCCUUGUCCCAUUCGUUCUAGCCCUCCCUAAAAGCCCCUGAGACUGUACAACAUAUUUCACCAAAAUAGUCUGGACUGUUGCCAGUUCUAGUGUGCUUGACAGUGAACAGACAUUUCUGAAUGUUAUGAAUAUUUAUGGACAUUUUCAUGUUACUUCAAAAGUAGAGUAAUGUCCUACUUUUUAUACUAUAUAAAUGUGUACAUAUACACAUAUAGGCCUAUAUAAUUUCAGAACCCUGUCUUGUUACUGUAUGAAACAAAAAAACCUGCAGUUCAAAUUCUUUAUCUGAGGAAUUAAAAUGUGACUAGUUUCAAAGAAGCUAUUGCCAAAGGCAGAGCGGGCACUAAAAUUGAGUGAAUAUUAUUUCCAAUGUAUUCAGUUAUGCCAGCAUGUUACAUGACAUGUAAUAUUGCAAAGUACAUUAAAUUAAAAUGUUAUUGUAAGUGACUCAUUAUCCAGUGGAAUAUACAGUAUAGUUCUCCAAUUACACUUUUACUUGAAAAAAUAAUCCCCCAUUUUUACUUUCUUGAAACAUUCAAACAUGGGGAACUAGCCACUGAGACUGAAAAUGUCUAGUUUCCAAAUGUGAUGUUGAAUCUCCCUCCAACAUAUUUGGAGGGAGAUUCAACAAAUUGUGUGAGAUGCGGUAGAUAGUGAGGUUAUCUUAUCUUAUUAUUCCAUCUCACUGGGGCAAGUUUGCAACCGCUCAUGAAUCCAUCCAUCAACGGACUGCAGUUUGUGAAACAAAUGAACUCUCGUACAAGAGGCUGUGACGUUCUUAGAUGAGACAGUAGCGGUUGUGGAAGGUUCCUUUUGCAGGGAGCUGGAAACAAAUGACAGUUUCCGGAGUGGCUCUGUUGCUGUGUGGCUGAGACAUGCUUGGUCUCCCUGCUCACCAGCCAGGGACAAAGAGGAGGUCAUUCACUCAGGCCUCAAAAGGAAAAGGCUUACUGAGAAUAUGAGCCUGUCGGCCAUCGAAUGGAAAUGUGAUUGUGUCACAGACAUGCACAAACACACAGUGUGUAGCUAGUGUUCAAUGCCAAGUCUUGGUGGGCCCAUAUGCUGUGGACACUGCCUUUAAAGGUCUUCCCCCGGUUUGACAGUUGAUCUGUUUGAAGGUAACAACUGUUUCUGUCAUUUUUCUCCUAUGAUCCAGUUUCAAAGUCAACGUUGUCUCAAGAGAUGUACACUCACCUCUCUGGUAAAUUGUAAUGAAUGCACCUUUGAAAACAAAUCUGUGCCACACCCACUUCAGAGAAGGACAAGGCGAUACCUCUCUGUAACCCCAAUCCACAUUCGUCCAUUAAUAGCAGUAUUUAUAACUGUGAUGAUUACAUUUCCUCUCUAUAAUCAAAUGAAAGUCUUAAGUGCUUGCAUUUUUACGUGAGAAUGUGACCU